AUGGAUUCCAGUGUUGGUGGGGCGCUUAAUUUUGGGGAUAGCUGGAAGGCUGAUGAGAUGAGAAGAUCGAGUCUCUCGGGAACGGGAGAAAUGUUAUAUCCACAACUGCGGUUCUUCGCAGUGGUUUAUUUUAAGGCUGAUCUGCUGAUCUAG